AUAAUACAGUACAAUACAUCUGGCAUACACAUGUGCGUACAUUUUAAAUGCUAAACCACUGUACGCUAAAAUCAAGUCACUACGUUUGAGUAGGUAGUUUGAGGUCAUUUUGUUAUAAUUCUAUGUUGCUAACAACGAGUGGAUUGUGUACUUGAUCCAUUGAUAUUGAAAAUGGAGGGUACUCCGCAGAAUCUGCAGACGUUAGCAGCUUCUUUGCAGCAGACGUUGUCAGCAAAUAUCACUGAAAGAAGAGCAGCGGAGUCUUACUUGGAAUCUGUUGAGGGAAGCGCAAACUACUCCAUCCUCCUACUUCAGUUGGUGAGCAAGGAAGACAUUGACAUCACCAUCCGCAUCUCAGCAGCCAUCACAUUCAAGAACUUUGUGCGGAGAAAUUGGAGAGUGGUUGAAGAUGUUGCCAAUAAGAUAAAUGACGCAGACAGGAAUGUCGUCAAAGAUCAGAUUAUUGAGCUGAUGCUUAGGAUGCCUGAGCAGUUACAGAGACAGUUGAGCGAUUCAAUCAGCAUCAUCGGUAAAGAAGACUUUCCACAUAAAUGGCCGAAGCUCCUUGAGCAAAUGAAAAUGAAACUAGAGAGUGAUGACAUCAAUGCUAUCAGCGGAAUCCUCAGAACGGGGCACUCGCUCUUCAAAAGGUAUCGUCAUGAGUUUAAAUCACAAGAGCUAUGGGUUGAGAUCAAGAUGGUCCUUGACACACUGGCUGAACCUCUCACCAAAUUAUUUGAGAAAACUGCGCACCUUGCCCAAGUUAAAAGACAAGAACCAGUUCCCAAUGUGCUCUCAAUCAAAGCUUGCUACGAUGCCUUGGUGUUAAUGUCUAAAGUAUUCUACAGUCUCAACUACCAGGACCUGCCCGAAUAUUUUGAGGAUAAUAUGAAGGCAUGGAUGACUAACUUCUUGACAUUGGUCCAUGAUGAUGUUCCCCUUCUUCAUACAAAGGACACCGAGGAAGCUGGUACCCUGGAGAGAUUGAAGUCACAGAUCUGCGAUAACGUCGCUCUGUACGCCCAGAAAUACGAUGAAGAGUUUGGGCCUUUCCUACCUGACUUUGUCACAGCUAUUUGGAAUCUACUCAUCACAACAGGCAGCCAAGUCAAAUACGACCUGUUGGUGAGUAAUGCCAUUCAGUUCCUGGCCUCGGUGGCCGACCGGGAACACUACAAGAGUCUGUUUGAGAGUCCAGAGAUUCUCUCUAGCAUCUGUGAGAAAGUCAUCGUUCCAAAUAUGGAGUUCAGAGCUUCUGAUGAGGAAUUAUUUGAGUUCAAUCCGGAGGAGUACAUUCGAAGAGACAUCGAAGGAUCAGAUAUUGACACAAGGAGGCGGGCAGCAUGUGAUUUAGUCAGGUCUCUUUGUAAAUUCUUUGAGGCACCUGUGACUCAAAUUUUCUCUAAUUAUGUAACGGCCAUGCUUCAGUUGUAUGCUUCAAACCCUGUCAAUAACUGGAAGAGCAAAGACGCAGCCAUCUAUCUGGUCACAUCCCUGGCAUCCAAGUCAAAGACUCAAAAGCAUGGCACGACAGAAGUCAGGGAACUAGUCAAUAUCAUUGACUUCUUCAAUGCGCACAUCGCUGCAGAUCUUAAAUCAGAUAAAGUGGAUGAGUUUCCAGUCCUUAAGGCUGAUGCCAUUAAGUACGUGAUGGCAUUCCGUCAGAUCAUCCCAGCCGAGGUCUUGGCUGCCGCUAUACCAUGCCUCAUCAACCUCUUGAAGGGAGAGAGUACAGUAGUUCAUACAUAUGCAGCUCAUGCCUUAGAGAGACUCUUCACUGUCAAGUUGGCCAACGGACAACCAGCUAUACCGGUAGAGAGUGUGAAGCCACACAUUGAACCACUUCUAGUUAACCUCUUUGCCGCUAUUGAACUAUCUGGAUCAGAAGAGAAUGAGUACGUUAUGAAAGCCAUCAUGAGAUCGUUGGUUUUGAUGAAAGCAGAAGUUGGUCCUUACCUUCAAGUCAUUGUCGGAAAGUUGACGGAGAAACUACUACUAGUUAGCAAGAAUCCAAGCAAGCCUCAUUUCAACCAUUAUUUAUUUGAGGCGUUGAGUCUGUCAGUCAGAGCUGGUUGCCAAGCUGAUGCAGCGAAUGUCUCAAUCUUUGAGAUGGCAUUGUUUCCACCGUUUCAAGAUAUCCUCUCGGCGGACAUUGCAGAGUUCAUCCCGUACGUGUUUCAGAUCAUGUCCUUGAUGCUUGAGAUGCACUCUGACUGCCCAGAGUCUUACAUGGCUCUGUUUCCUCAUCUUCUCAUGCCUGUACUAUGGGAGAAACUCGGCAAUGUACCACCACUAGUCAGACUUAUCCAAGCCUACAUCGAGAAAGGAGCAGCGGCCAUCAUCAAACAGGGAAAAGUGCUUGGUCUCCUAGGCGUGUUUCAGAAACUCAUAUCCUCCAAAGCCAACGAUCAUCAGGGGUUUUACCUCAUGCAAAGUCUGCUUGAACAUAUGGAAACGACAGCAUUGACAGAACAUAUCCACAAGAUCUUUCUUCUACUUUUCCAGAGACUGGCACACUCAAAAACAACCAAAUUUGUAAAAGGUUUGUUGGUGUUCUUCAGUUUGUUUGCCGUCAAACACGGAGCAGAUGCACUCGUAAGAAUGAUUGAAGAAAUACAAGCAAAGAUGUUCGGAAUGGUUGUAGAGAAGUUGUACAUUCCUGAAGUGCAGAAAGUGUCUGGUCACAUUGAGCGGAAGAUUUGUGCCGUCGGAAUCACUAAAAUCCUCACAGAGUGUCCCGCAGUCCUGGAACCUCCGCUACAUGGAUACUGGAUACCUUUACUUCAAGCCUUGGUCCAUCUCUUUGAGCUUCCAGAAGAUGACAGUCUACCAGAUGAUGAACACUUUAUAGAAGUAGAAGAUACCCCUGGGUACCAGACGGCCUACUCCCAGUUGGCAUUUGCUGGUAAGCACGAGACGGAUCCGUUCCGAGGCGCUGUACCAGACGCCAAGAUCUUCCUAGCUCAGGGGCUUAAGAAAAUCUGCACUACCCACCCAAAGUUAAUUGAAUCAAUCAAGACUGGCAUGGAUCCAAAAGUUGCUUUGUGUCUUCAGGGGUACCUCCAUACAGCAAACAUCACUCUGGGAUGAAAAAACAAAGAUGAAAACAUCAACAUCACUCUGGGAUGAAAAACAAACAAGAUGAAAACAUCAAUAUCACUCCAGGAUAUAUAAGAUGAAGCGUCAACUUUACUCUUGGAUGAACAAGCAGGAAAGGUUUUGAAACGGAUGUUCUAGCACUGUUGCUACAAGACCCGUCUUGUUCAGCACACUGCAUGAUCCAUUCUGAUUAAAGGGAAGGUAUGCGUUGGUAAUCACUUUUCAAAAAUUCAUAAAAAACCUUUGGUUACAAACCUACAGCACUUUGCGAUAGUAUAAAUAGGCAUGGUAUUCAUCCUACUUUAGUCGGAUUUCCGAUAAUUUACCUUGAGAAAGUUGUGAUAAAAUAACCUGGGGUCGAUUUAGGAGUUAGGACGAGUAACUCGUCCUAACUUAGGAUUAAUCUUAAGGUCUGCAUGCUACAG